ACAAUAUCUUUUUAGGUGGUUGAAGGGAUCACUUGUUUUUGAAAAUCGAGCUAAAUAUUGACUAACCGGUAACACCACUACUCACCUUCUCCUUUUCAGUUCUUUUAUUUAAAUUUUUUAAAAAAAUCUAUAGCCAAUAUAUAACUCUUCUGCCUUCUCAUUCUAUCGGCUCCAUCUCCGAAUCUAAAUCAUGGAAGCCCUUCAUUUAUUUACAGGUGUUGUCAUAAUAAUCAUAAUCCUAAAGCUCACGCACACCAUCUUAUGGGUGCCAUGGAAGAUACAGCGCCACUUCAGAAACCAAGGCAUAGUGGGACCCACCUAUCAUCCGAUCGUCGGGAACACGGCGGAGAUCCGACGGAUGUACGUUGAAGCCCAGUCCAAGCCCAUGAAAACGGGUACGGAUGAUCCAAUACUGAAUCACAACAUCACUCACAGGGUUAUGCCUUUCUACAACAAAUGGUCGGCCCAAUAUGGAAAGACUUUUCUUUAUUGGUUUGGGCCAAAGCCCAUGCUUGCUCUAGCUGAUCCCCAAAUGAUAAAGGAAGUGCUGAUGAACACGAGUGGUUCGUUUAAGAAGUUGAAGUAUAAUCCCUUGGCCAAGAUGUUGUUUGGUGAAGGACUUGUUGGUCUUGAAGGUGACCAAUGGGCUUUUCAUCGCCGUAUUGCUAACCAAGCGUUUAACAUGGAAAGGGUAAAGAUGGGAGAUCUAAUGAAAAGACAAUUUAACAUACUAGAUCUAUCUGGGCAUAAAUUUUUAGAAUGGAAGGUGGACGCCCAAAUGAAUUUAAAGGCCCAGGGAUUGGAACAUACAAUUCAAAGUAUCACGGCCCAACAAAAUGAUGCAACUACAUCAACCACUUCAGUUAAAAUAGCAACUGAACAAGAAAAGGCAAAAGCCUUAGUCCUUCUCAGGCAUCACUUACAUGAUAGUUUGAAAACUGAAUAUCUACUUGUGGAUGAUCCCAAAGAAUUAUGGGACAGCUUAAAUGAAAGAUAUGGGCAUCACAAAAGUGUGCUCCUCCCUAAGGCACAUUUUGACUGGACAAAUCUGAGAUUCCAGGACUUUAAAACAGUCAGUGAUUACAAUUCAACAUUGUUUAGAAUUGUAUCAUUGUUGAAAUAUUGUGAUCAUCCCAUAACUGAACAGGAGAUGAUAGAUAAAACACUCUCCACUUUCCAUGCUACGAAUAUAAUAUUGGCACAACAAUACAGGUUAAGAGCUUUCAAAAAAUACUCUGAGCUAAUCUCGGUGCUGCUUGUGGCUGAACAGAAUAAUGAUCUUUUAUUGAAAAAUCAUAAUCUCAGACCUACAGGGUCUUCAGCCUCACAUGAAAUAAAUGCAAUAGAAAGCUCCGAUCCACCAGAAGCAAAUGCUGUACAUAGGGGUGGACGCGGUAAUUACAACGGUCGUGGGAGAGGCCGUGGUAAUUAUCGUGGCCGAGGGCGUGGACGUGGUAGAGGCCAAUUUUUCCGAGAAACAAUAAUUUUAAAAAUUUCGGAAGGGGACAACAAGGAAAUUACAAGCAAAACCCAAAAGGGAAAGAUGCAUGUUACAGAUGUGGUAUGACUGGGCAUUGGGGCCGCACUUGCCGCACAGCCAAACAUUUAGUAGAACUCUACCAAGCUUCCAAAAGAAAAGGAAAGGAUGCGGAAGCCAACUUUGUCAAUGAGGCAAAUACCUCCAUGCCCAGCCUUGACAUAUCUGACUUUUUUAUGGAUGAAGCUGACUCGGGAAAAGACUUUACCCUGGGAGAAAACAACGAUGUUUAGCAAAUGCAUUUGUUUUAUUUCUUGUUCACUUGUACUUUUAUUUCAGUCAUGUACUUCAUUACUAUCAAUAAAAUACACAUUUGUUUUCUCUUAAACUAACUAUAUGUUUAUUUUACUCUGAAGAUAUGGAUCGAGUUGGAAAUGAAUAUCAAUGCCUUUUGGA